AUGAGCAGCGAUUUCUAUCGAUUCGCAGUUUCAUCCCACUUCAGCAGUUUCCCGAAAUCCUUCUCUCUGCGAAAGAAAGUGCCAUGGUGGUACCAAAUCUUGGACCCUCGAUCGAAGUUCGUGGCGAAAUGGAACCGCACGUUCCUCUACGUGUGCAUCGUGGCGUUGUUCCUGGACCCUCUCUACUUCUAUUUCCCCAUCACGGGGGACAAGGCCUGCAUGCAAACCGACAUCGUCCUCGGAGUCUUCGUCACGUUCUCGCGCACCGUCGCCGACCUUUUCUUCCUUUUCCACAUGGUGCUCAAGUUUCGCACCGCCUAUAUCUCCCCCACCUCUCGCGUUUAUGGCCGCAAAGAACUCGUCACCGACCCUCGCGAUAUAGCCUCGCGCUACCUCAAGUCUGAUUUCAUUAUCGAUCUCCUCGCCACCCUUCCUCUGCCUCAGUUUCAAAAUCAUGUUGCUGUUGUAAUGCAAAUUGCAACAUGA